UUUAUCUUUUUUUAUUGGCAAUAUCCUGUCUAAUGUUCAAAUCUUUUCAAUUCAAAUGGCUUCAUUUCAAUAUGAUAUUGACUGGCAGUCAACAAAGAACACGGUCUUAGAAAGAAACAGUCAUAUGUUCAACAAUUCAGACAUGAGUGAUAUCAGCUUUACUUGCGAAGGUUCAGACAACAUAUUGUACGCCCAUAAAUAUGUCUUGGGCACCAGUAGUGCCGUAUUUCAUGCGAUGUUUUAUGGCGACUUGGCAGAGAAGAAUUCAAUUCUUCACCUUUACGAUACAGAUGAGAAAAGUCUGGAGGAAUUUUUAAAGUUCCUUUACACAGAUGCAUGUAAUUUGACAACAGACAAUGUUAUAUCAGUCAUGUAUCUUUCUAAGAAAUACAUCGUACCUUCACUUACCAAGGAGUGUGUUGAUUUCCUGGAAAAAGGGUUGGACCCUGAGAACGUGCUGACUAUUUUAGAACAAGCUAUUUAUUUUGAUGAAAAGGACUUUGAAAUGAAAUGCUGGAAAGUUGUGGACCGACACUUGAAAGAAAUAUUGACUUUAGAUAAUUUUCUGAAUAUACGUCAAGAAACAUUGGCCUGUUUACUAAAGCGAAGUAGCUUGAUUAUCAAAGAAAUUGAACUAUUCAAAGCUGUUUUGAAAUGGAUUGAGUUUCAAUGUUUGGAGAACAGUUUAGAACUAACAACUGAGAACCGAAGAUUUGUUAUCGGCGAAGGUGUCUACGAUUUAAGAUUUUUGGCUAUAAGCGAAGAAAUGUUUUCCAAAUAUGUUGUGGAUUCAGGGCUAUUGACGUCCAAAGAAAUUGAGACAAUUCAGGAGAAGAUUAAAGGCGUUGACAUUCCAGGUUUACAAUGGCAGCUUGGUGUUAGAAAACAGAAUUAUGAAAUGCUAGCGUUUAAAAGAUUUAGAAGCUGGAAAGCAGAGGGCUGGGAAUAUAACGGUGAAGCAGAUUGUCUGUGUUUUUCGGUCGAUAGAGAGGUGUUGUUUCAUGGUGUGCAUUUGUUUGGAGAUUUGUGGGAAAACCAAUACAAAGUUAUCUUUCAAAUUGAAGGUGUCAAAGUUAAAGGCACAUACAAGUCGAAAAAGAUGACUGAUGGCCUUCUAGGGUAUUGUGUCAUGUUGGAUUUGCCUGUCGUAAUAAAACAAAACAAAGUUGUGAAGAUGUCGGCAUUGAUAAGAGGGCCGCCAAGUGGAUAUGGUAUUAAUAAAAUAGCCCCGGUGAAGGUGGAGGGCGUCACUGUCACAUUUCAUGAUGCAGAUUCUCCCACAAAUGAUACUUGGACCAACAAAGGACAGUUUCAUAAAAUAAUCUUGUCAAUUUGAAUGGCUUGAUUGAUCCAUUGAGACCCACCCUCACUUGGACAGAUCAUUAGUUAACACAAGAUCAACUAUCUGGACAAACUAGCUGGAAUAGCAUGAAUUAGACUGGCAAUGGUUCUGGGAACAAAUUAUACUUGAUAUUACUGUAAUUAUGUACAGCUAAUUCAAAAAGGUUGUACGAGGCUGAUUGUUAACCAUUUCUGUUCUGUUCAUACGUAGACAAACUAUAUCUUUUUGUUACUGUAGUUCAUCCUUCUCUAAUAGACAAAUGUAGUUUUCCAGACACUUUAUUCAAGUAAGCACUUACUGAUAUACAAUUCUAUUGCUUUACUGUAAGCAAACAAAUACUUUGUAAUAAUUUGUAAAUAGUUCAUAUUUUGAGAGCCACUACAAUGACUAGUUCAUUCUACUCUACUUAUACAAUUCUACCCAAAAUAUACAACAUGCAUUUGACAAAAAACCUGAUGAGCUAAUUUAGGGAAUAUCACACUGACCUAUGUACAAAUGUUUAAAUAUUUGAUGUAAACACAAUCCUGUCCCUUUCCAUGCUUAAACUCGAUGACCAAUUGGUACAGUUUCGACUGUUGAAGGUGAAAUUGUUUUCAAAGUUUAUUACAUUUUUCUUUUAUGUUUAUAACUAGCCAUUAAACUCAGUUUUCCAAUAGGAAAAUUUGUUUGAGUGAUGCGAAAACAUGAAUUUGGCAAUGUGACUGGCUAGUGAAAAAAUCACUGUGAAAAAGUUGGAAUUGCCGAAUUCUUGUUUUUCGCAAAUUCAUCUAGAGGAAAACCGGCUUAACCCAAGCUCUGUAUGAUAAAGUUACGGGUAACAGCACAAGGAAAACAGAAUCUCAUAAAAUUGUCCUCGUUCGCUCAACGUCUUAUUAUUCGGAACAUCAAGGUCCGAACAAUCGCGGAAAUUGAACGAGACGCCAGCACAUUGACAGAACUUGCACCACGCUCGCCAUAGUAGGAACCAUUCCCUUUGACCAGGGCUGAUAUCUCAUACCAUUGACCUUUCUUAACGACCACAGGUGAUGGUAGCAACACAUCAAAACCAGGAAUCAGCGUAUUCUUUCUCUCAGAGUAAAAUCGAUCAUUAACCUUGACGUUAUUAAAGGUCAACUCCACAGUAUAGCGGCUGUUAUGCCCUAUGGCACCAAACAACCGAACGCCGUGGAAGUAUAUAUCUUUAUCUACCGAGAAAUUUAAGAUGUCCGGAUGCCCGGACGUGUAUUGCCAACCCCCGAGAGUUUUAGACGUCCGGAUCUGGUCUUGGCUGAAUCGAGAACAUCGUUGUGUAGGUUUCAAUUGACGUGGUUUUCCUUGAAUCCGUUUACUUAAGGUGGCUUGGAGCUCGCUAUUGGAUGGCGGGACAUCGUUAAGCAUCUGAAAAAUGGCAAUGACUUCAUCUUUAUUAAGUAGGGCUGUUUUGGAUACAUUCUCAGCAAACUCUUUUUGCGUCAUAGUCAGGUAACGCACACAGUACACUGCAUCACCUAGGACAGCGCGCUUAUUCUCGGACGUUAGUUCGAGCCCUUUCACCUUGCACUGAUGAUCGGACCAUUUGACCAACGCAUGAAACAAGUUAAUUUCUUUCACAUUUAAAGUUUCUAAUUCCAGCAUGCUGUGUAGAAUCGCUUGUUCGACAUUCAAAAAAGCAUCGGAUGCAAGCGCUUCCUGGCAGUGAGAGUCGAUGUAAUACCAGCAUUUCUUCUGCAGAUCUUCUUCGCCGAUCUUCAACGACUGCGAAAGCAGAGUGAACGCAUUGGACGCAGUGAUGUUAUCUUGUAAGAAACUGGUGCACAAUUUCUCAAGGUAGGGUAUUAUAUACUUCUUUGCCAAAUACAGUACAUCUAUGGCGAUUUCAACCGUCAGUUUACACUCAUCGGAAUACAGGUAUUUCAAAAACUCCAAGAAACUGCUCGAAUCUGCAUCGGGGAGAUGAAUUUCGUUUGAUUUCUCGGCAAGAUUUCCAUAAAACAUAGCAAAGAAGACAGGGCUCGAAGUCGCCAGCACAUACUUGUGGGCAGGGAUAUACAUAUUUCUUUCAUCCGUCCCAUCGCUCUCGCGGACCACAAAAGUCACAUCGCUCAUUAAACUUUUGUUGAACAUAAACUUGUUUCUUUCUAACACCGUUUUUGUCUCGAUUUGCCAGUCUUCCGACAACGUAGUAGUCAUUUUAAAACGUUUAAAACCCGUCAAGGUUCACUUCAAAAUUUAUAUUUUGUUGUCGAGUUUUAAAUGCCAGCUGAUCUUUCCACCCGCUUCGCACGUAGCCGAAAAAAAUGUCGAUG